AUGGCAAAAGUUGUAGCGCUUGUGGCCUAUGCCCUCUGCCUCUUGGCCCUGUCUGGAUUCGCCAGUGCCGCCGACAACAAAAAAGACAGCAAGUUCACCAUUGAAGGCAAGGUUUACUGUGACCCAUGCCGCGUUCAAUUUGUCACCAAAUUGAGUCAAUUCCUUGAAGGUGCGGAUGUGGUCCUGCUUUGCAAAAAUGUGGAGACCGGAAACGUGACAUACUCCGUUAACGGAAAAUCUGGCAAAGAUGGGAGCUACACUCUAAAAGCAGAAGGAGAUCAUGGUAACGAUGUUUGUGAGGUGAAGGUGGCAACAAGCCCCCAACCUGACACCUGUGGUGAAGCCAUGGAUGAAACGGCCCUGGUCACCCUCACCGAUAUCGAGUCAAACAGCGAUAUUCGCUACGCUAACUACAUCGGCUUCAUGAAGAAGGACCCCGAUGCUGAGUGCACCAAAGUGCUCGAGGAGUUGGGUAUCUACCCUAAUGAUCCUGAUGAGGAUGUCGCUGCUCAAGACCCACCUCCUAAUGAAGGAUCUGCUCCUGUAAUACCUGCUCCUGAAGGAUCUGUUCUUGAAGAACUUGCACUACCUGAGGAUUAA